GGUUUCCCUGCCGCUUCCCGCAUAGAAAGCCCGUGUGCGUCUGCGCCACAGGCAGCAAUCCGCUGGCUCAUGUCAGCGCUUCUUUUUUUUUCUCCAGCUGAUUCACGAAAAAUUACACAAUUCCGUUGCCUAUUGGCCGCAAUCCUCCGAAGAGCUUAACGCGGAGUGUGUGGCGUUUGCUGAAAUCAUAGGCGUGGUUUUUUUGGAUGGAGAUGCUCCGUCUGCUCCCGCUGGGAUCCCCACCUGCCCUCACACCGCUUCUGUCACCGCGCCAGCUGGCAUUUUAUUGAGCUUGAGCCGCCACAGCGCACAUUUGAUUUCAUAUUUGUCAGAGAGCUUAUAGAUUUUUUUCAGGGGGUCUACGCGUAAUUACAGAGCCGUGGACGUAGGCUACGGGGCGCACGGAUUACAGUCUAUGCUCCAGAGCGGCGGCGGCGCACGGCGCUUGGUGAAGAUAAACAAGAGCGGACAGCGCGUCGCUCGGCCUGCAGGCAGAAGAAACAGCAGCAGCAGAGCGAAAGGAACCACAGCGGAGAUCCUGGUUCAUGUGUAGGGCUGUUCGACGCGCAGGUCGUGCCCGCGGCGGUUUGCAAGGAUGGAAAAUACACGCAAGAUGCCUAAAAGAUUGCCCUGGUUCGGUUUACUUGUGCUGGCGUGUGUUUUGCUUGUAGUGGACAGCAAGAGAGCCAGGCAGCCUCGCUGCCCCUCAUCAUGUACAUGUACCAAAGAUAACGCGCUGUGCGAAAGCGCAGGACUGAUCCCUCGCAGCUUUCCCUCCGAUGUCAUAUCACUAUCUUUCGUCAAGUCUGAAUUCACUGAAAUCCCGAAGGAGAGCUUCAUCCACACGCCUGCCCUGCAUCUCAUCCUCUUCACAGCCAACAACCUGGAUUCUAUAAACGAGGAUGCUUUCCUUGGUCUUCCUCACCUGGAGUAUCUAUUCAUAGAAAACAACCAAAUCAAGUCGAUAUCGCCGAAUGCUUUCCGCGGACUGAAAACCUUAGUGCAUCUGAGUCUGGCUUACAAUAAUCUUGAGACUCUGCCCAAGGAUUUGUUCAAGGGUCUUGAGGCCUUGACUAAAGUGGACUUGAGAGGGAACCAGUUCACUUGUGACUGUAAGCUGAAGUGGCUGGUGGAGUGGAUUUACAGCACCAAUGCAACCGUGGACCAGAUCUACUGUAAAGGCCCAGCCUCACAGCUGGACAAGAAGAUCAACGAUCUGGUGCCACAGUCCUUUGAUUGCAUCACCACAGAGUUCGCUUCCUACCAGUCCAUGAAGUUCGAAUCUAUAUCUGUGGAAGCAUUUUCCUUUGGGAGUGACCAGUAUGUGGUGUUUGCUCAGCCCUUCAUUGGGAAAUGCAGCUUUCUGGAGUGGGAUCAUGUGGAGAUGGUCUUCAGAAACUUUGACGAUAUUGACAGCACAUCCACAGUGAUCUGCAAACCUCUGGUGAUUGACAACCAGCUCUUCAUCAUUGUGGCUCAGCUGUUCGGUGGCUCACACAUCUAUAAGCGCGACACCUCCGCCAACAAAUUCAUUAAGCUCCAAGGCAUUGACAUCCUCAAAAUCCGCAAACCAAACGAUGUUGAGACUUUCCGCAUCGAUGGAGAAUCCUUCUUCGUGAUGGCGGACAGCUCAAAGGCCGGUUCCACCACCAUCUACAAGUGGAACGGCAAUGGCUUCUACUCUCACCAGUCGCUCCACCCGUGGUACAGGGACACCGAUGUGGAGUACAUGGAGAUAUCCUCCAAACCUCACCUGAUCCUGUCUAGCAGCUCCCAGAGGCCCGUCAUCUAUCAGUGGAACAAAAGCACCAAGCUGUUUGACCGACGCACCGACAUCCCAGAGAUGGAGGAUGUCUAUGCCGUGAAGCAUUUCCAGGUCAAAUCCGACCUCUUCAUCUGUCUGACCCGCUUCAUUGGCGAUUCCAAAGUGAUGCGCUGGGAUGGGGCCCUCUUUCGAGAGAUGCAGACCAUGCCCUCUCGUGGCUCCAUGGUGUUCCAGCCUUUCCCUGUGGGCAACUGGCAGUACGCCAUUCUGGGCAGCGAUUACUCUUUCACCCAGGUGUACCGCUGGGAUGCCAAGAAGGGUGAGUUUGUCCACUUCCAGGAGCUGAACAUCCAGGCGCCAAGGGCCUUCUCUCCUGUCUCCAUAGACAACCGGCAGUUCCUGCUGGCCUCCAGUUUCAAAGGGAAAACCCAGAUUUAUGAGCACCUGGUUAUUGAUCUGAGCAACUGAGUGAUUGUUUUCUUGACUGGUUGUUCAGUUGAGUGUUUUUGGUGUUUAAAGUUGGUUGUUGCAGCAGAUUCAGUGCUGAACACUGAGAGGGAUUAUCAGUUGAUCCUAACUUGAGAAAGGCAGACAUUUCUCUUAUUUAUUUUUAAAAUCUUCCAUUGAAAUCAGUGCAUGAUAAACUUAAAAAGAUAAAGGCUUGUAUCUCAACCAAAUAUAUUUGGCUGAGAUGCACACUGAGUUCAAUGCAUGCAUCUCAAGUUAGGAUUAGACCCAAUAUGUUGCCAAGACAUUAAUGCAUGACCAGGGCCUCAUGCGGGCCAUUCCAUCCUGAUGAAUGCAACAUCCAUGCUCAUUAAUCCAUUAGUCCAAAUCUAGCAUUGGUUAGUAGAUUUUUUUUAUGUGUGUGUUCAGGCAUUCAUGUGACUCAACAAUCUUUAUACAUUUUUAAUCUCAUAUAUUUAUCUACAAAAAGUAAUAACGAAGUGGUACUUUUUAACCUAUUAACAUGUUAAAGGUGCAGUGAGCAGGAUUUAGUGGCAUCUAGGGGAUAAGACUUGGCAGAAAUGGAAUAU